AUGCCUUAUCGAGCAAUUCUAACAAAUAAAAUUGUGCUCGUUAUUUGGCUUAAUUCAUUUGCGGAUAUUAUCACGGCCGUAUUUUCAAUGACCUAUUUACCUACUUAUAUUUCUAAAGUUCUUCAUUAUGAUGUUAGAGAAGCUGGUAUUUGGAGUGCUUUACCGGCACUCUUAUUUAUUCCGUUUAGAUUUUGUUCUGGAUAUUUAUCAGACAAUAUGAGGUAA